AUGAUGUUCGAAGAUGUAACUGGAGAAGCUGAUGAGACUCAGUUAAAAGAGACAUUAAAACGUUAUGUGUCACGUUGCAUGUAUAUACAGAGAGCUUUGUAUAGGUUAUUUAGUUUCUCACAACAUAUGACAGAACCUAGAGAAGAUAUUAUCAGGUUGGUUAUUCCUGCAAUGAAGGCUCAUCCUAAACAGUUAGGUGUACAGAUGGCAGCCACAGCUUGUUUGUAUAAUUUAUCUAAGAGUGAACUCGGUCCUAAGAUUCACCCUAUGUGUUUAAGAGAUAUUGUUGAAUUAACUUUAAAAGCUUUGGAACAAUUCCCUAGUCACCAACAGCUACAGAAGAAUGCUUUGUUAACUUUAUGCAGUGAUAGAAUGUUACAAGAUGUGUCGUUCGAUCGUUACAAGUGUGCAAAACUAGUCAUGGGUUGUUUAUGUGCUUUUGAUGAUCCUAGUAUGAACCGAAUGUCUGUAGCUAUCUGUUCUAUUUUAGCUGCUAAAAUAUCUACAGAAGAAACUUCAGUACUCGGAGCAAAAUCUAGAUAUAUGAAGAAAUUACUUGGUCUGGUUAAACAAAAAGUCGAUAUCACAGUGGAUAAUCAGUUAAUUGAUAUUACUCUCAAAUUCACACUCAGUGCUCUAUGGAACCUCACAGAUGAGUCUCCUCCAACAUGUAGAGUUUUUCUUUCAGAAAAGGGCUUGGAACUGUUUAUGACAACAUUACAGGUUGUUGGAAAUCUAGAGACAGAGAAUCGAGUUCAGGUUGAAACUAAGAUAUUAGGAUUAUUGUUAUUAGAUGCUGAACAUAUUGAUGUAAGUUAUUUUGCUGCUGGUAUAGUAGCUCAUCUUGCCAGUGAUGGAGAAGAAACAUGGGUGAUAUCUGGUACAUUACGAAUAGAGGUCUUGGAAAAACUUGGUCAAGUAGUUUUAAACUGGGAACAACCACAGGGUGAAAUGGUAGCAUAUAGAUCAUUUAGUCCAUUCUUUCCCUUGUUAAUUUGUUAUGAUCUACCAUCAGUUCAACUGUGGGCAGUUUGGGCCAUAAAUCAUGUUUGUACUAAAAAUGAGAAACGAUAUUGUCCAUUAUUACAAGAAGAGGGAGGUGUGGAGAAACUACAAGCUCUACUAAAGAACGACACAACGCCAGAAGUACAAAAAAUAUCAAGGAAUAUUCUCGAACUUUUACACAAACAUGCCAAAAGCCAGUGAUAUAUUGUUUAAAAAAGAAUAUUAUACACCAGUCUGAUUUGUUCAGGGCCGAUGUUUUCUUUAUAUGUCAAUCUUGUUUUAAAAUUGGCCAACUGUGUAUGAACAACAGACAUACGGCCAUAUAAAAAAUAAUAUUCUCGUUCUCUGAUACUACUACACCACUUAAUACUGUCUUUACAACCGUUUUUUUUUAAAAUGUAAAAAAUAUAAACAUCUUUGGCUUUGAUUACAACUUCCCACUGUUAAGGGAAGUAACUCUGUUAGACAUGUCCAGUAGGCUGAAUUAUCAAGUACACAAACUUGCUAAAUGUUUGGUAAAUGUUAUUGACAAUCUUCUUUCAUGGAUGAUAAUUCUCCUGCUUACUACAUCUAGUAAUGAGAAGGGAAUUACUCGUAUUAUACACCAUUUUGAUGGAAGGAGCAGUAUUCACAUUAGAAAUACAAAAUUUGUUCUUUCCUUCUGUAGAGAGAAAUAUUUACGGGUUUUAAAUAGAAACCUAUAUUUGAAGGAUUGUCUGAGAACCAGAAUUUUUUUGUAUGGCCUAAAUUCACUUUGUUAACAGAAGCUUAUGUUUAGACACUGGUUAAAAAUGUCUACAUUAAUCUAAAUGUUUACCAUUUCCUGAAAUAAGUUACAUUCAUAAAGCCAUAACUCCGCUGUAUUAAACCCCAUUUCUGUUGUAUUCACCUCCCUCCAUUGGAUAUUUUAGUCUCCUUACUAUGUUAAAUUCCCAAAAAUGAACAAAUUUGAAGGUCAAAUUCAUAUCUUCCUGCUUGUCACUAUAAGAAUGCACCAAGAGUUUUUCAGUAAAGACAUUUCUAGAAAGUUAGGAACGACUCUUCUUUAGGAACUAACCAUGUUUUUGGAAGAAUUUCAAAAAUCUAAUUCACCAAGUCAAUGCAGAAUAUUUUCCUAAGAACAAAUAUGCCAAUUUUCAUGCCGAUCGGACUUGAAUUGAUGGAGUCUUAGGCUUUUUCGAAGAGUGUUACCCCCUCAAGUCUGGCCCCCCCCCAAAAUACUCUUUUACUUGUUCAGAUAUGAAAAAUACUGACUGGAUUUCAAAGCUGCUUUGCAGUUUGAAAUGGAAGUAUUUGAAUAUGUGCAAAUACUGGCAAAUUUUAGUAUCUACUGCUGUUUAAUUUAUUUGACAUAAGAAUAUAAACUAGAAAUCCUAAGGAGUACUGACGUGUUUCGGUAUAUCAAGUCACGUCACACCAUGUCACUUCAACAUUCAAGUCACACCAUCAAUUAUUGAGUAUAGUAACAUCCAAUACCUAUUAAAGUGAAAAAAAACUGUCAUUUUGAACUCUUAAUAAAACCAGAAGUUAUACCAAACUUUUUUAUAUUAAUUGUUAGUAGACAUUAGGAUCAUCAUACAUACAAAGGUCAUAGAAAGGUUAGGUCACCAUCUAGAUGGUGAAAAGUCGAACAAACUUCAAAGUGAAAUCGGAAGUAAACAAAAUCGAAAUUCAAAAAUCGGCUCCCUAAAGAUUGUUGCGAUUUGGAAUAGGUUCAGUACAAAAAAAAAGUUUUCAAAAAUCGGAAUUAAAAUGGCAGCUGAAUAUCGAUUUGAAUGUUUUUUGUAA